GAAAUAGUUGAGUUGUGAAAUGACAGGGUCAGGGUGAGGGUUUCUGUAGCAGCUGUGUGUUGAUUCUCAGUGGGAGACAGGUCAAUUUUCUUACACACUGACCCUUUACUGACCUAUCCUUUACUGAAAAGUCAAAUGUAUAAACCGCAGAUUAAUUUGAAAUGGUUAAAAUCUAAUGUACAGAUUCUAUAUUUGGACCUCCUGUGUACAGUGUCACUAAGUUACACAGGGACUGACACUGAAGGAUACACGCACAGCCCGUACAGGGACUGAGUCUGUUUCUCCCACUAUUUCCCUGCCUCUGUCACUCUGCACCACCAAACCCCGCCCCCUCGUCGCUGUGCCUCCCAGGAGGAGGAAGCUCUCCUGUCGGAGAUGGAUGUGACUGGCCAGGCGUUUGAGGAUAUGCAGGAACAGAACAUUCGGCUGAUGCAGCAGCUUCGAGAGAAGGACGACGCUAACUUCAAACUGAUGUCUGAGCGAAUCAAAUCCAACCAGAUUCACAAACUGCUGAAGGAGGAGAAAGAGGAGCUGGGAGACCAGGUGCUGACCUUAAAAACACAGGUUGAUGCCCAGCUUCAGGUAGUGAAGAAGUUGGAAGAGAAGGAACAGUUACUGCAGACAAACCUGACGGCCAUGGAGAAGGAGCUCUCAUUGCGCACACAGACCCUGGACAUGCACAAACGCAAGGCAGUGGAAGCAGCCCAGCUAGCGGAGGACCUGAAGCUGCAGCUGGAAGCUGAUCAGAAGAAACUGUCCGAGGUUCAAAACGAUAUCAUCGAGAGCAGUGUGGCUCGCGAGAAAGAAAAUUUCAACUACAAGCGAGCACAGGAGGACAUCUCGAAGCUGCGUCGGAAGCUGGAACGACAGAAGAAGCCAGAAAUGUUCACUAACUGCGACGAGAUCCUGAUGGAAGAAAUUAAAGAUUACAAGGCCAAGCUGACCUGCCCGUGCUGUAAUAUGAGGAAGAAGGACGCCGUGCUGACCAAGUGUUUCCACGUUUUCUGCUUUGAGUGCGUCAAGACUCGCUACGACACACGGCAGCGCAAGUGCCCCAAGUGUAAUGCUGCCUUUGGUGCCAAUGACUUUCACCGGAUCUACAUCGGCUGAGAGACCCCACCCCCAACCUCCUCCUCCCUCACCGAGCCCCUCUCUUUGUCCCUCCCCCCUCCCCACCCAUCCCAUGUCUCCCACCAGCCCCUGGAUUGAGGAGUAGGUUGGUUUUCAUACGGACGCUCACGCUGGAUGUCGAAGAUGACUUCCCUGAUGACCUCUUUCCACCCCAACAAUCCCUCCUACGUCCCAUUAUGCAGUCCUAGUGAAGGAUGCGGAGUCUGAGGAGGGUGGGAGGGGUAAUGGUUGUAGUUAUUUUUUUCUCUCUGUUUCGAGUGUUUAAUGUUGGGAAUAAAUGAGGGCCCGAAGCCAGUUUGAGUCAGUCACGUCACCGUUCUCCUGCCAUUGAGUACCCUCACCCAACAAAAGUCUCCCGCACGACUGUCGCUCGCCCUUAAAGUCCGAAGUAUUUCCCUUCAGAAGGGUUGCAAACCCAGCUGAGGUUGAUUCACUGCAGUGGUAAGAAGGGGAGAUUGAGUAGAUUGUUGGGGUCUGUGACGUCUUGGGGUUGAGAAGAACGACUGGCGGUCUUAUUGAAAGAAUUGAAAUUGUCUGAGGAUUUGACAGGAUUGACUGUUGAGAUUCCAGAACUUUGGUGGUACAAUCUUGGGAUAACGGGUUGACCGUUCAGGCCAAAAGGGAUCAAGCUUCUACAUUCAGUUGGUGGUGAAUUUUUUUUUUGGAAAUCCUGCCCCACAGAAUAAGGGAUGGUCCCUCACUGAAUGCAUUCAUAACUGAGAGCAAUGGAUUUUUUUUUCACAGAGGAGAGGAGAGACAGUGAGGUUAGGCUGAAUGGCCUUCUUCAAACUCGUUUUGAUUUUAAAAAGUGUUAUCAGUGUCACAGAUUCCGAAGACAUGGCUUGAGAAUCUUUUGGAUUCUGACAAAUUGAGUUUCCCCCACCUGAUUUCCACUAAUAGACACUACACGGCAGUGUUCUUGCUUAUCUGGGUCCAACAUUGGAAAGUACCUACAUAAGCUUUCCUCACUUCCCAUCCCCUUAAGGUGAUCAGGGGCACUGCACCUUUGGACAGUCAGGACCAGGGUGUACCGCAAUGUUGGAAUUACCACCUUUCUGAUGAGGCAUUACACAUUUUUGUUUGUGGGCUUUUGUUUUGCGUGAAUUUGCUGCUAUACUUCUCAUGCUCCUACAAACAAGUGCACUGUUCAGCCCCUCGAGCCUGCUCCCUCGUCCAGCAUGAUCAUGCUGAUCUGAUUGAUUGUAAUUUAUAAAGCCACAUUUCCACCUACCCCUGAAUCUAUCUAUCUCUGCCUCAAAAAUAUUCAAGGAGUCUACUUCCACCACCUUUUCAGGAAGAGUAUCAUAAAGACACUCAACCUGUAGAAAAAGUUGGCCCUUGUCUCUGCUUUUAUUAGGUAACUCCUGUUAUUUAAAUAUUGUCCCCUCAUGCUGGUCACAUCACUGAUCACCCUUCAAAGAAAAUAUUUGUAGACAUGGAGCAUUUUGAUGUUCAGAAGAGCCUCAAAAUAAGGAAUUCUUUAACAGAAAACAAUCAUGAACCAUCAAAAACUGCUGACAAAUCAAUUUAUUGGGAAGUGCGAUAGUUCUUUCACGCUCAGUCGAGUCAGACAUGAUUCAGUCACCAAGCACAGCAGCCCUUGAUCGUGCUGGAUCGUCAGUCUGACCUGGUUCCAGAAAUACAAUUUAUCUGUUGGAAACCAAGCAAAUUAAUUAUUCCACAGUUUGCAACAAAGCUCAGGCAGAGACUGGAAUUAACUCAGGUUUGGAGGACAGGGAUGGAAUGUGGUUGCCAGGGGUCUGGGAUUGACUACAGCAUGGUAAGUAAGGAGCCGGGAUCAACGGGGGCAGCUAAGGGUCUGGGAUUAAGUGGAGUUUUGGUGGACAUGGACCUCGGAUUAACAGGAUGCUAGGCAGUUGAGGUAUGGGGCCUAAUUAGGAGAAUGAAAGAUGAUGAGCAGUUCAAACCUUUUCCCUUUCAUUCUCAUCUUCGAUUUCUGUUGCGAGCAUUGACUUUGUUUCCUGGAUGCCCUCUUCACAGUUCUGACCAAAAAAGGGGAUUGUUUCUGAUACUGCUGCUGGUUGGGGCUUUUCAGAUAAUCCAGAAACUUGUCCAUUUCCUCAGCAGAAACAUAACCUUUAAAACACAAGGAAUUUGUUUUCUGAAGAGCCUGACAACAUUUCAGCCUCUUCCAAAAGCAUUUCCAGUUAAAGAUUCAGUUUAUUUUGAUGUACCAUCGCUGUUGUAGAGUAGAGAACAUAACUAUUUUAUGCACAAGAAGAUCCAAUAGAGCAUCAUGAGAAAGUACUACAUCAGCUGAAUUUAGUAAUGUUCAUUUACGGAUAAAUAGGAGGGAGAACUACCCUGCUCUUUUGCAAUAGAAACGCAACAAACUCAUAAGUCCAUUUGCAAGGGUGGGCAAGACCUCAAUUUAAUGUCUUAUCAGAGUGAUUGUGAAACUGAGGCUGUAAUGAACUCUUCAUACAAAGCCUCUCCCAGUGUGGCGCUCCCCCUGAACUGACCCUCUGACGGUGUGGCGCACCCCCAGAGCUGACCCUCCAACAGUGUGGCGCUUGCCCCCAGAGCUGACCCUCACAAUGUCAUAGGUCUUAGUGACACAGUGAGUUGUGGGCAGAGCUUAUGUUGGGAUCAGACUGAAAGCUGAGGUUGUGUCAUAGAUAAAUGACAUCACCCAAAGUGUAAGUGUAGUGGACAAAUUGUGUAUAAUUCAGUAUGAAACGUUACGCACCCAACCUCAUCUGUCACUUGAGGCUGUCAACAUCCUGCUGGUCUAGGCUGUUGCGUAGGGGAGUUGCUCUGUGGAAUGUUAGGAUGAUGGACAGGUAUCUCUGCUGCCCAAUGCUGAGGCCCUACAAUGGGAAACACCAACUGAAUCAAUGAAGUUGACUCUUAACGUUAAUUAUGGAUGCCAGGUGCCAAAUGCUGGCCUUGCCAGUGGCAACGACAGCUCAUCAAAGAUUUUCUUAUAAAUUCCACUGCCAGGGUUGAGCUAAAGCUCACUCAGUGACCUUGAGUUGAGGAGUUGCCAGGCUCCCAGUUCUGUCACAUUGACCAUUCCCAGCUAAUCUGCUGUUGAUGCUCUCAUCGAGUCGCUGACAUGCAUAUUCAGGGAGGGCACUCCGCAUCAUAGGGAGCUGCAUGUUCUCAGUUACCAGGAAGUUUCUGCACUGCAGGUGUUUGAACACAGAGGCUUUGAAGGGAUAUUGGGAUCAGGCAGAAUAGAGUAGUUGAAGUAGAGGGACAGCUGUGGUUUUAUUGACGAGUAAAGAGGAGCAAGGGGAUGAAUGGCCUCCUCCUGCUCCGAACUGCUAUCUUCUUUCAGAGUGAAGGAAACAGCCUUACCUUCAGAAGUGAACAACGCAGCACUGACCGAGGUAUCUUAACACAGCCCAUCAUCUCUGGAGGCCGCUGGUGAUUGGGUAGCAAUUGAGCCUGUUUGAUCACUUCUCCCAUUGGACAAAGGAGAGGGUUCCCAACUGGCUAGUGAAUGACAGCAGCAAAUGUUCUUACCAGACAAGUCAUCUAAUGGUGGGGGGGAGAAUCUAGCUCGAUAGAUUACAUUUUUAUUUGGUUUCGAUGAAGUGGUCUCUCACUGGAACAGAAACACAUAUUGCAGUUUUAUUUAUCAACAAAACAAAAGGAAAUUACCAAAUGAACAAAGAGAAAAUAAAAUAAUCCAAUCUACUCAUAA